GUGUCAAAAAUUGUAUGUCUCUUAACAUAAAAAAGGCCACAAGUAGCUAGCUAGUUUCAUUCAAGAACCUCAUACCAACCAUAUAACACAGCAUUAAACACCCAAGAUGCAAUAAAUAACAAGUGCAGACAAACUAACCAUUUUGUGAGAAAAGAAGAAAAAAAAAGUAAGAUGGAAGAGGGUGCAGAUACCAGAGAGAAAAGAGAGAGUGGCAUAACAACAGGUUAUGAUGUUACAAAGAAUCCAAUGUUUUGCUUACAAGAAGCCAUAAGAACUAUUCUCAAAUGUCUUGGUUUUGAAUCUUCAAAACCUGAUCACCCUUCUUCUUCUUCUUCUUCGUCAAGUAUGUCAAAUGAUACUAAAAAAGAAGAGGAGAAUAAUAUUAUAGAAGAACAAAGUGAACAACAAAAGUGUGUGUUCCAACAAGAUGAUGGUCAAGGGAAUCAGAAACAGGAUGAUGACCCUCCAGCUGAAGUAGAUGAUCCACCACCAGUUAUAGAAGCAGCAACAGGCCGGAGGAGGGGAAGACCACCAUCAAGACCUGGAGUUGGAAGGGGACCUCCUCCUGAGAACAAUUAAUUAAUUAAUUAAUUAACUGACAAUCUAAUAUAUGAAUCCCCUCUUAAUUAAUUCUGAUGUCCAUUUUCAUACUUAAUUUGGCUAGAGUUUGUUUAAAGUUAAGAUUGGUUGAAUGUAGAGGAGUCUGCCCUUAUAGUCUUUUGAUCAGUAAAUUAUUUAGAACUUUGAAAGAUGGUGGUCAAGGUAACGCUUUCAAGCCACUGCACUAGAUGGGCAUGUAGGUCCAGUACUGGUCUUUUAUCUUGGUUUGGUUUCUGGCUUUAAUUGUUUUAGCUCUUUGUUUGUUUAUAUACACAUAUGUAUAUUGUAAGACUUAUAUGUGCAAGUUAAUUAAUGCAUAAUUAAAUCUACAAGUUAAAGUAUUGUCGA